ACAGAACAGAGGUUAUGUAUGAAACUCGGAUUUGUGAGUGCAAUUUUGCCGGAGCAAACGUUGACCCAAGUUGUCCAGUUCGCGGCUAAUACCGGCUAUGAUUGCGUUGAAUUGAUGUGUUGGCCCAAAGGAAAGGCGGAACGCCGUUACGCCGGCGUAACGCACGUUGAUGUAGCGGAACUUUCCGAUACAGAGGCGGAUGAAAUCUUACAAUGCGUCUCGGAUGCAGGGGUAACGAUCAGCGGGUUGGGCUACUAUCCCAAUCCACUGACUCCUGACGAGGCAGAAGCCGCUAUCUAUAGCGAACACCUCAAAAAACUGAUUCUGGCGGCGGAACGUCUGUCGGUGGACAUCGUAAACACCUUCAUUGGCAGAGAUCAGACACGCACGAUAGAUGAGAAUUGGCACCGCUUUAAGCAGGUAUGGGAGCCUUUAAUCCAAUUCGCUGCCGACCACGGUAUCCGCAUAGGAAUUGAGAAUUGCCCCAUGUUUUUUACAGAAGACGAAUGGCCCGCUGGGCAAAAUCUCGCCUAUUGUCCCGCAGUUUGGGAACGGAUGUUUGAGGAGAUUCCUUCCCCCAACUUCGGGCUUAACUUCGAUCCAUCCCAUUUUAUAUGGCUCCAGAUGGACUACCUAAAACCGCUCGCCAAUUUCGCCGAUCGCAUCUUCCACGUGCAUGCGAAGGAUGCUCGGUUGGACAAAGCGAAGCUUGACGAGGUAGGCAUCCUCGCAACGCCUCUGUCGUAUCAUACGCCGAAACUGCCGGGAUUAGGGGAUGUCAACUGGGGCAACUUCUUCUCCGUUUUAAGUGAUACAGGGUAUGAUGGGGCAGUCUGCGUUGAAGUAGAAGAUCGGGCUUAUGAGGAAACGUUAGAGGAACGACAGCGUGCUUUAAGCCAAAGCCAUAUCUUCCUGAGACAGUUCAUCGGGUAG